CUUCUUAAAAUACUUAACAUUAGAAAUGCUGCCAAGAGGGAAUUUUCUAGGAGGCAGAUAGUGAAUGGGGUGCUAAAGCAAAGUAGGAUCGAUUUAUGUUUAGCACGGCUGGACAUCGCUGAUACUUUGAGCAGUGUACAGUAUAAAUUCACUGGUUAUAGUGAUCAUGCAGAAAUAAUCUUUCAGAUGGGUGACAGAAGUAGAGGGACAGGGGGGGGAGUUUGGUGUUUGAAUACAAGUGUGUUGGAAGAGAGCGAGUAUAUUGAGAUGGUGAGAGGGUGUGUUAAGGAGCAAAUGAAUUGUGUGGGGUAUGAUGCAGGCGUGUGUGAGUGGUGGGAAUGUGUGAAGAUAAAGGUGAAAAUGUUGAGCAUAAAAUAUUGUAAAAAGCAGGGUCAAGUAAAGAGGACGGAAUGUGUAUUGAGAGAGCGAAUGGCUGAGGAAUUGAGGAGGUUAGAUGACGAUGUGAAUAGGGACUUAGCUGACUACAUAGGCAUUAAAGGGGAAUUAGAAUCUUAUGAAAGGGAGAGAUGUAAAGGGGCGAUAGUUAGGAGUCGGGCGCAGUAUGCGGUGGAUGGGGAGAAAUGUACGUCUUUCUUUUUGGGGCUGGAAAAAAGGAAACAGGGUAGAACAUACAUAGCUCAGAUAGAGGGUGAGAGAGGGGAAGUGGUAAGUGAUUUUGUGGGGGUGUUGGAGAGAGUGCAGGGGUUUUACAGUGAUUUAUUUAGCAAAGGCUAUGUAGAUAAGGAUAGUGUGGACAAGAUAUUAGGGAUGGUUGAGCAUGCGUUAUCGGAUAGUGAUAGGGGAGUAUGUGAGUGUGAGUUAGUAGAGUCGGAGGUGAUGGCGGCCGUCAGCAGCCUGUCCAAUAACAAGAGUCCUGGCUCUGAUGGAUUGCCGGCAGAGUUUUACAAGUGCUUUAGUGAGUUGUAAUGCCCGAUUUUAUUAAAGGUAUAUUGGGAAAUGGAAAGGUUAGGGACGGUUAGUAAGUCGAUGUCGAUGGGGUUAAUAGCGGUACUGUACAAGAAUAAGGGUAGUAAAUUGCAGUUAGGGAAUUACAGAGGGUUGAGUCUGUUGAACACUGACUAUAAGGUACUGGCCAAAACUUUAGCUAAUCGGAUUAAGUCGGUAGUAGGGACCAUAGUGUCAUCAACACAAACUUACAGUAUUCCAGGGAGAGAUAUAGCGGACACGAUAGGGUCAGUUAGGGAUGUAGUGAGGCAUAUGAAAGAAGAGGGAGGUGUAGUUUUGAGUGUAGAUUUUAACAAAGCUUUUGAUAGGGUAGAACAUGAGUUUAUGUUUAGGGCGCUAGAGAGAUUUGGUUUUGGGGAUAGGUUAGUGAAGUGGAUUAGAUUAUUGUAUAGUAAUGCAAAGAGUAGGGUUAAGUGUAACGGGGUAUUGACGGAUAGUUUUAGAUUAGAGAGGUCAGUUAGGCAGGGUUGUCCGUUAUCUGCAUUAUUAUACAGUAUAACGGCUGAACCAUUAGCCACCAUGCUAAAAAAGGAUCAGCACAUACAAGGCAUCAAUAUCCCGGGAGGAGGUAGGAGUUUAAUCCAUCAAUACGCAGAUGACACAAGCAUUACAGUUAGGAAUUUGGCCAGUGUGAAAAGGGUAAUUGAGUUAUUGGGAAUAUAUGGGAGUGCAUCGGGGGCAAAGAUUAACCUGGAAAAGUCAGAGAUCCUUUGUGUAGGGCAGUGGAUAUGAGCGAGUGUGACAUUCCGCUGACUGUUUCUAAGGGGAUGAUAAAGGUAUUAGGUGUGAAUGUGGGUGAGGAUGAAAAUGAGGCAAGGGAUGUCACGUGGACAGGGGUUCUGAAUAAAGUGAAGCAGAAUUUGAAUUUAUGGAAGAUGAGGAAGAUGAGACUGAGGGGCAAGGUGAUUGUGGUGAAUUGCUUGAUGAUGUCACGGGUGAAUCAUGUGCUGAGCACCCUGGAUCUACCAUUGUGGGUAGUAAAGGAUUUGAAUGGGGCUGUUAAAAUUUUUUUGUGGGAUGGGAAACCGGCCAAAAUUGCGCAUAAGGCCUUGACGAAUGGGGAUGAGGAUGGAGGACUGAAAUUGAUAGAUGUGGAGGUGAAGAAAAGGGCGUUACGAGUGAAAACAAUUAAGAAAUAUUUAUUUGGUAAGGAGGAGUAUUGUUGGAUGGGUUUUUUUGAGGACUAUUUGGACAGAGCCGAGGUUCUGAAUCAGCCAAGCUUUCAGAACCCAAAAAUACUUCACAAUAACAGAAUACUGGUCAGUAGGGAUUUUGAGAAAGCCGGUAUGAAACAGGUCAAGCAUUUAAUGUUGGAGGGUGGAAGCGUUUUUAAGGCGGAACAGGUGAUCAUAAGGGAUGUAAGGAGGGUUAAUAGAGACGUGAGGGAGGCUGUGAUUGUUGGGAUGUAUAGAAGAGUAAGGGAAAGUAUUGGUACAGGGUGGAUGACACUACUGUUAGGACAGGGAGGGAUGGGCGAGGAGAACAGGAUGUUCGAGUUGGGGGUGGAGAGGGGAGGUAAGAGAGUUAAGUUUGAGGAUGUCAGUACAAAAAGUGUGUAUAUGGAUUUGAUGGGUGGUGGGAUGAAGAAGCCAGCGUCAGAGAAGGUGUGGGGAAGGUUUUUAAGAUCAGGCACAAUAGGGUUUUCACGAAUGUUGUUUUGCACCAAAUUAAUAGGAAUGUGGGUAGAGUCUGCAAUGUUUGUAAAGCGGUGGAUGAGACCUGUGAUAAUUAUUUCAUUGAAUGUUCAAUGUUGUUUGUCUUUUUUGAGAAGGUGAAGGAUUUGUUGAGUGUACACUGUGGGAUCAAGGUUGGGAAUG